AAAAAAUCACAUAACAAUAUUUGGAAAAUUCAAUAGAAUCAGCCGAAAACUAGUCAAACGCGUGUGUGUGAGGAGACACUCUUGUUGAGUACCGGAAUAUGGUGGAAGAUUAUUUCGAAUGUUGGGGAAGUUUGUUGGUCGCAAUAGUAAUGAUGGAACUGUCAGACUAAGCCAUCACUAUUCAUUGAAAUAGUGAAUUAAAUUAUUGAGAGAAUAUUUGGAACAGUGGAAUGUACGAGAUCCCCGUGGAAUUUAUCUGAGACCACUCAAUCGUUUCAAUUGGAUGCACGUAACAUAGACUUGAGGUUAAGUUGGACUCAGAAAUGCCGAGGGUGAACACAGACCCGACGAAGAAACGCAAGAGAUACCCCCGCCAAAAGCUGCUGGAGGCCCUGGAGGCAGUGAAAUGCGGUCGUUCCCUGCGGGAGGUGAGUAUCGAGUACGGGGUGCCGAAGACAACCCUCAUGUCCAAGUACAAGGGAACACACCCGAUCGACGGUAAAUCGGGUCCACCCCCGGUCCUCGACGAGAACGAAGAGCGCGAGCUAGUGGACUGGGUGAACGAGACAUCGGACCUGGGUUUCGCCCUGAAGAAGAACCAGAUGUGCGGCAGUGUCCAGACAACCCUGAGAGAGCUCAAACGAAAGAACAUAUUCUCAGACGACAAGCCGGGGCACAACUGGUACAAGAACUUCGAGGAGCGUCACACGGAGAUAAUCGAGAGGUUCAAGAAGAAUUUGUCUUACGCGAAGACAGCGCCAUCGGAGGCGUCAGUUCGCGAUUGGUUCGCGCACAUAAAGAAGUACCUGGAGACAAACGAACUGUUCACCAUCGACCCCUCGAGGAUCUUCACGAGUGAGGAGGCAGCCCUGAUCUUCAACCCAAUAGGCAAGAAGAUACUCGUGAGGAAAGGCGACCGAACGGACUUCAGUUUCGCUCACAAUCACGUCGACGAGUGUGCAACGAGUCUCUUCACAGCUAACGCCGCUGGCACCCUGGCGCCUCCAAUGAUAGUCUUCAAGCAGGAGAGGAUUCGCCCUGGGAUGCUGACGAAAUUGCCGGAGGGCUGGACGAUUGGGAAGACGAGCGACGGCUGGAUGACCAAGGAGAGCUUUCACGAGUACCUCACCAAGGUCUUCGACAAGUGGCUGAAGAGAAACGGAAUUGAGAAGCCAGUGGUUCUCUUCAUCGACUCCAACACUGCCUUCAUGACGCAGUCGUUGAGCAAAUUUUGUAAGAGCAAUAAGAUUCAUCUGCUGCCAGUGCACCCGAAUAUGGGGCACAUUCUGCAGCCUUUGGACGCUCAGUUCUUCGGGGAUCUCAAGGAGGCCUGGCUGAUGGCCACUGAACACUGGAGGAUGAACAACAACAGGAAGAGAAUAAAGAAGGAGAACUUUGCUCCUCUGUUGUUCAAUGCUCUGAAGAUGGUGGACUGUGGAAAAACUGUGUCAGAGGGGUUCAAGUCCUGUGGAAUUCACCCAUUCUCACCGGAUUCCGUUAACUACGGGAGGAAGGGAAGGUUCAAGAUGCAGGUGAUCGUCAAGCCGAAGGAGAGCGAGGAGGUGGAGGACCUGGGGAGGAUUAUUGAUCCUCAGUACAGUGCGGAGGACGUCAGAAAGCAUCUCGAGUUCUUUGAGGAUUUCAUCGAUGAUGAGAAGCUGAAGAAGUUCAAGGAGGAGGAGAAUGCUGACGCCUGGGGGGGAGAAGUCAAGGACACAGCCUUGUUCUUGUUGUGGAAGAAAUUGAGGAGGAUGAGUAGUAAUGGAGUUAGUGACUGUGAGAUUUAUACCUCGGCGAUGGAGGCUGGAGCUAGUCAGGGACAUUUUAUGAGCAUUGAUGAUGAGCAUUAUCAGGAGGGCAAUCUCGUUAUCCAGGGUGUGCAGGGGAACUAUGAAGUGGGGAAUUUGAGGACGUGGAUUGGAAACAAUCUUGAGAAGCUUCAAUGAGCUUGCGGGAGGGGGUCAGAGAUGUUGUAUAUUUUUCAUUCCAAGGACUUCAGACAUCAUUUUCUUUCAGAGUUGCGACGCCCGAAAUUGUUUAAAUUAGUGUGUAAUAGAAUAGAAUUCUAGGUGUAAGACUAUUGUAACAUUUUUGUAUUAAAUAAAAUUUAUGGAAUAUUUGUUCUGUAUUUGAAAAAAAUGGA